AGCUGGCAGUAAAGUGGCAUGACAAAAGAGAUGUCCAUGUCCUCUCCACUGUCCAUACAGCAACCAUGUCGGCCACAGGGAAGGUGGAUCACCUGACUGGAGUGAGAAAGAUCAAACCAGAUUGUGUGCUUCACUAUAACCUCAAAAUGGGGGCAGUGGAUAAGGCAGACAUGAUAAACAGCUUUGUGGAAUGCACUCGGAAAACAACCAAGUGGUAUAAGAAGAUAUUUUUCCAUCUGAUCGACACUGCUGCCCUCAAUGGCAGCAUAGUUCACCGCCAACUAACAGGUAAAGUAAUUACCUACCAAAAAUACAGAGAGAACCUAAUGAGAGAGCUGCUGGAGGAGCACCACACCCCUCGGCGCCCAUCCACUGGGGGUCGUCCUGCUGUAAACAAUCCCCUACGCCUUACUGCACGGCAUUUUCCCUGCAAAGUCCCUCAAACUGCUGCUCAAGGUAGUCGCACAAGGAGGCACUGCAAAGUCUGCCUGUCUGGCACCAGGAGAAGUAAGCAGAGGAAGAUGACAAAAUACAUGUGUUUAGCUUGUGAUACACCUCUAUGUAUUUCACCAUGCUUUGAGGAGUAUCACAUGCUCAAGCAUUAUUGAGCACAUCUGCAGCAAUAAGUGACUGACUGCCAUGAUACUAUGCCUUCAGAGGUGGGGGG